AUGUCUUUCUUUGGAGGCAACGGUGAAGAAGAAUCCUUCAAUCUGUCGGAACAUGAUGGAUUUUUAAAUCUUCCAGAAGGAGAAUUUUUCAAUUUGCUUGAAGAUAGCAAGGACAAAGGUGAUGAGCUCUCUAUCACAAACAGUGUAGAUAAGUCUCCCAGCAACAAGCACUCCCCACAUGAGGAGGAUGUGAACGGAAUGACUCUACAAGAAACUGUAGAUGAGUUUGAAGUUAAUUCAAUGAGAUCCAAUACAAAUUCUAGAGGGGAGUCCAAAUCACUUGAAUCUGAGGUUGGAAGUCAUUUCUUUAUGCCAGUUGAUACACGUCCCGAAGAGGAGAUGAAAGGUGGCCAAUGCCCCAAGGUGAUACUCCUCUUUUCUGAAAUGAAUCUACAGUGAAUUGAUGAUCCCAAGCAGGUACCGAAUUCCAUAGUACAAUCGUCCGACGCCAUACUCCCUGUCAUGUCUCCACCAAAGGUAAAACAGCAUUCUAGGUCUGCAGCAAAGGCUUCUUCCUUUAGUAGAAUUUCAAAUACCAUGGUACCAUCAUUUAUACCUCCUUCCUCUUCACCAGUUUCUUUUCUCUCGGCCAAAAACCAUAGUUACAACGGAGAUAAUAGAGGAACCUCGUCAUCCACAUCGACGCGUUCUACUAGACAAAGAGCAAAAAAUGGCAUUGAUAGAAUCAUUGAGGAACAUGAGAAGAGAGUUGCGGAGAAGGCUGCAAUCAGAAAGGCGAAUUCAAAUUUACCAGGAUACAGCGGUAUCCAGAAAAAGACACCGGUCAAGAAAGGACACAGAUAUUCUGGAAGUCUUGAUGAAUCUCUAGGAAGAUGUCAAAUCGAACCUCCAUACAAUCGCCAUCAUGUUCCAGUUUCUUUAAGCCCCCAAAAAGAGUGCCCGGUCAAUGUUGAUGGAUCCCAAGCUCAUGGGUUUCAAGGCAGAGGACCUUUCCAGCAAAUAGAUAGAAUGCGACAAAUGCAGACAAUUCCUCCAAAUCUGGACCAUUUUGAGCAAUUUAGCCAUGGCAAGAUGUGUUCUUAUCUAAAAAACUAUGCCAACUCAGAUACAAAACAACGGGCACCAUUUCACAGACAGCUCCAUGCUAGUACUUACAACCGGUUCGAGCUUCAGAAAACUCCCAUUAGUACACAAACCUUCCAGCAACUGGGCCAACAAAUGAUGGACCCAUUUAUAGGAAAAUUCCACAAUCAGAGUAUGAAUAGAGAGAGAGAGGCCUCGGUGCACCCUAACGAAUGGCCUGUUUCUCACAAUCAAUCACUCCAGUCACGCCAGUCCAUGGAUCCACAAGAACAAAAUUACUCUUUCCAGCAAACGGGCCACAAGCAAAAUAAUUCAGGCUUCUCUCAUAUCAACUAUUCAUCCAUCCUAGAGGAGCCACAUUCACCACUAUUUCCGGAGAGAAAUUCUUGGAUGCCACAAACAAACACCGAUUUGCAUGGGCAGGCUUAUGAUCAAUGGCAGACAUCUGGUGUUCAAGAAUCGCAGUUUGGAACUCAGCAGCACACAAAUGUAGGCAUAUCCGCAAAAUUUUAGAUUAAUAAUUGUGCAACAGCUAACAUUCUCCAGAUGAGCAGUGGUAGAUCCACAAACCCGUUUCCUUCCCUUCCACCUUCAUCUUUUACCUCUGAGCAAAAUAGUGGCCAAAUAUUAGAGCCACUUCUCGACCUUCCGGAAAAUACUGUUCUCGCACAUAGGCCAAAGAAAUGA